AUGUUGACCCAACAAUUAGUUAGACUUUCUACGAGGAGAACUUUUUCUUCUAUUGCUAGAAGCGCAGCACAUUUCAAAGAAGGUGUCUACUCUAAUAUACCAUUCAAAGUACAUGACAGAAAGAUCCCGUACGGUGUUGUGCACUUCGGUUUUUUUGCUCUUGGCUUUGCUGUCCCAUUUAUCUCCUGUUAUGUUCAAUUAAAGAAGAGUGGUAACAUAUAA